AUGUCUGACUUCGCCGCAUACCACGCCCUCGGCACGGGCUCGCCAAACCCGAACGGCAACGGCAGGCCAGACGAGCCCAACAAAUGGCGUCCACCAGUCGCUGCGGGCCCUCCUGGCUACCAACAGACGGGCAGCCCGGCCAUGGCCCAGCCUCCGAAUCAGUACGCCGGCACACCAGCGCAAUAUGGCACGCCAGUCCAGCAAGAAGGUUAUUUCCCUGACCAGUCGGCGCUGCAGGGCCAACCUCAGUACCAGGGCGACCAAGACGUGAACAACCUCGCGGGGCAGAUGGGAGCAGUUGGGCUGGGCAUGGAUCAGGCGGCACAACCCAAGCACAAGAAGAAGAACAGACAUGCAUAUCAUAAUAUUGAAGGGCCUGGAGGAAGUUCACCGGCGUUCAACGGAGCGCCGCAGAAUGGCACACCUACACAAUACCAAAACUCGCCUCAAGUCGGAGGAGCGCAAUGGAUGGAGCCUCAGAUUACUCCCGCCAUGAGCCAGUUUCCCGCACCCGUAAACCCUAUCUUCAGUCCUGGAUCGCAGGCUUCACCUAUGCAGUACGCUGCGAGAACACCAGCAGCACCACAUCAGAGUGGAGGGGCGGCGGUUGGAUCGGCUCAAGGACGUGUAGAUCCCGAGCAGAUUCCCAGCAUACCGAAGUCGCGCGAUGCGCCGGCGAAGUACUACCUAGAGAACGUAUACCCGACUAUGGAGCACCACCUACCUCCACCCGCAACGGUCCCCUUUGUAGCCUUUGACCAAGGCAACUCCUCACCUAAGUUCGCACGUUUGACCAUGAACAACAUUCCACUCACUGCGCAAGCCCUUGCUGCGACUUCGUUACCGCUUGGUAUGGUCUUGCAGCCGCUUGCUGCUCAACAAGAAGGCGAGCAAGCUAUACCCGUAUUGGACUUUGGCGAGUCCGGUCCACCACGAUGUGCAAGGUGUCGCGCGUACAUCAAUCCGUUUAUGCAGUUCAAGGCUGGCGGAAACAAGGUCGUGUGCAACCUGUGUACAUACCCGGGCGACGUUCCCGGCGAAUACUUUGCGCCUACCGAUCAGUCUGGUGUCAGAAUAGACAGACUACAACGGCCGGAGCUCACUUUGGGCACUGUCGACUUCCUCGUACCCAAGGAAUACUGGUCGAAAGAGCCUGUCGGUCUACGGUGGUUGUUCCUUGUCGAUGUGACCGCCGAGGCUGUAAACCGUGGUUUCCUCCAUGGCUUCUGUGAAGGCAUCAUGAAAGCGCUCUAUGGCGAAGAAGCUGAGACAGAGGGCGCCGAGACUACAACUCGGAUACCAAAGGGUGCUAAAGUUGGCAUCGUCACAUACGACAAGGAGAUGCACUUUUACAACCUCAACGCCAGCUUGACGAGCGCUCAAAUGCUCGUCAUGUCUGACCUCGAAGAUCCCUUCCUACCCUUCAGCGAAGGCUUGUUCGUCGACACCGUGGAGUGCAAGAGCGUCAUCACAUCACUUCUCGCACAGCUACCGACCAUGUUCUCUGAAGUCAAGAAUCCAGAGCCAGCGUUAUUACCUUGCUUGAACUCUGCCGUGGCAGCAUUGUCGGCUACAGGCGGAAAGAUUGUGUGCUCUUUGGCUGCGCUGCCGACCUGGGGUCCUGGUCGGCUGAUGCUACGCGAGGACAACAAUGUACACAACACCGAUGCUGAGAAGAAGCUUCUUCAGACUGAGCAUCCUGGGUUCAAGAAGGUUGCUGAGAAGAUGGUGCAGAAUGGUAUUGGUGUGGACUUUUUCCUUGCUGCGCCCAGUGGAGGGUACCUCGACAUUGCGACCAUCGGCCACGUUUCCGCUGUAACAGGUGGAGAAGUUUUCUACUACCCCAACUUCCAUGCGCCAAGGGAUAUCCUGAAAUUAUCCAAGGAGAUCCAGCACACAGUCACGCGAGAAACCGGAUAUCAAGCGCUGAUGAAGGUUCGCUGCUCAAAUGGCCUGCAGGUCUCUGCCUACCACGGAAAUUUCUACCACCACACUUUUGGCGCCGAUCUAGAGUUCGGAGUCAUUGACGCCGACAAGGCUAUUGGUGUCAUGUUCAGCUACGAUGGCAAACUGGAUCCGAAGCUUGAUGCUCACUUCCAGAGUGCGCUACUAUACACGGCAGCCAACGGUGAGCGACGAGUGCGGUGCACGAACAUCGUGGCCAGCGUCAGCCCGAACACUGGUGAAUGCAUGAAGUUCGUCGAUCAGGAUGCUGUUGUAAACAUCAUCGCCAAGGAAGCUGCUGCUCGCAUGACAGAGAAGAACCUCAAGGAGAUUAGGGGAGCCUUGACGGAGAAGACUGUCGACAUUCUUGCUGGCUACAGAAAGAACUUCACUGGCAACAAUCCUCCCGGACAACUCGUGCUACCAGAGAACCUGAAGGAGUUCGGCAUGUACAUUCUCGGACUCAUCAAGUCAAGAGCCUUCAAGGGCGGCAAAGAGCCCACAGACCGAAGAGUCCACGACAUGCGCAUGAUCAAGUCGAUGGGACCACUGGAGAUGUCAUUAUACCUCUACCCCCGCAUCAUCGCAAUCCACAACCUCGACGCGCGCGACGGUUUCGCAAACGAAAAGGGCCAUCUUGUAAUGCCAGAAAACAUCCGAGCCUCUUUCUCCAAAGUCGAAGAAGGCGGUGCCUACAUCGUCGACAACGGCCAAGUCUGCCUCCUCUGGCUGCACACACAAGUCUCGCCCAACCUCCUCGAAGACCUCUUCGGCGAAGGCAACAACAGUCUCAAAGCGCUCGAUCCCUUCCAGUCUACCCUCCCCGUCCUCGAAACCCAUCUCAACGCUCAAGUCAGGAAUAUCCUGCAGUACCUUGAGGGUACAAGGGCGUCCAAGGCGCUUACUAUUCAGCUUGCGAGACAAGGGCUGGAUGGCGCGGAAUACGAAUUUGCGAGGUUGUUGUAUGAGGAUCGGAAUAAUGAGGCGCAGAGUUAUGUGGAUUGGCUUGUGCAUGUGCAUAGGCAUAUUCAGUUAGAGCUUGCUGGACAGCGCAAGAAGGAGGACUCGGGCGAUGGUGUUGGCUCGACUUUCGUGGGCCUGCGGACGCCGUACUGGGGGUAG